AUGGCCGUUGUCAUCGGGGAUUCGCCUCCGGCCCCGCGAAGAGCGCGGCGUGUCACAUCGGCUUGGUCUGCCGAGCCGGCAGCAGCUGUUGAGGACUUGAAGGAGUUUCGCAAGGAGGCCCGGCGUCUGCCUGAAGCCGGUGUCGUGGAAACUGGCGAUUUGGUCGUUGUUGUGGAGCCUUCGAGAAGUUGGCAUGGCAGAGUCUGCAUGACGGUCUUUGCAGAUGCGGGAGCGACUCUUUGGCUGAAGAAAGUUGAGGAUGUGGAGCUCUCGCUGAACAAACUGUCUGCGGAGGUUUGCACUCUCCCAAAAAGAGGCCGCGAGACAGAAGCCAAGGCGUUGAAACGCCGCGACGUUGUGCGGUUGCCGUGGCCGGGGCUGCGCAGGCCGCCACCGCCGAUGACAGAGCAACAUUACAUGGCUCAGGAUUGGGACAAGCUGUCGGACAAGCGCUUCAGUCCCGGGAGGCUCAGUGCGACCUGGGACAACAUGGACGCCCCGUCGCGGCGGAAGUACCGCGGCGCCUCGGUAGCGGCCAUUGAGGUGUAUCAGCAGGUUGCCCAGUGGCGGCAUCGCAUGCAUGCCCUGCUCAAGGAGCUGCUGGAUGUGGCGCCCAAGCCGCAGGUAAAUGCCUACAUGCUGUACACGAUGGAGAAGUCGAAGAAGCCGGCGGAGCCACUGCCACCGUGGCAAGACGUCAAAGAGGAGCCGCGGAAUAUCAGAAGCUUGUCGUGCGGCGGAAUCAACAGUUGCAGCUCGGCACCGGAGUUUUACCCACAUGUGGUGCAGCUAGUGCUGGAGCUUUGUUCCCGAUGCGAGAAGCUGCGUGUCUUGAAGCUCUACAAAAAUGACAUCAAUGAUGAUGGUGCGCAGGCACUGAGCCGCUUCGUGCGCAAGUGUUACACACUCGAAGAGCUCCACCUCUCCCACAACCGCUUCACCGAGCGGGGUGUCGAGUUGCUGGUGAGAGCUGCCGAAGAGGCACGGACCCAGGCCAAAUCUAGUGUUCCUAUGUGGACGCGCCUGGAGCAGAACGAGGUCAAGAACCCCGACAAGGUACUGGAAUAUUUGGAAAAGGAGUACAGUGCAUUGGAGCUCAGUCUGUGGCAGGAAGCACCGCGACCUGUGCUCGACAAAGCACUGUCAUUACGGGGCCAAGGCCUCUUGAUUAACCGUGAUCUGAAGCGGGAUAUCGUCAUCGGACUAUCGGUAUUGGAGAGCGUUGCCAGGGGUGCCGAAAGCGGGCCAUCAGAGGCCUCGCCUGCCCGUGCCUCGGGCUGCCAGGCCCUUCGCGACGGAGAGGAAGAGGAUCGUCUCUCGACGGCAGCGCCGUCACUUUGUGACGACCGCGAGGAUGCUACGACGAGGUGGGCAGAUGUUGCCGACGUCGACUGCAAUUUUCUGUCAGCUGAGAAGGCUCCACAGAGCCGACGCUGGGCUGACCUUUGUGACUCGGACGAGUCAGACGACGAGCAAGAUCAGGCACAAUCCUCGUCUGCGCCUCCCAGGGAGUCCCAGGGAGAAUCGAAGGUGUCUUCCCCUGCUAAGCCGCGAUGGGCAGAUCUCGCAGAAGACCUUGACCAGCAGGAGACCACAGCAUCAACAAGCUCGCAUGCUGUGACUCAAAGCCCGCAAGCAUCUGAAGACGAAGGCUGGGGCUACAAGUCCUCCAAGUGGUGGAAGAACUCGCGCGCGGAUGAUUCAAAAGCAACAUCGUCUGCAGCGGCCUACGACUACGACUACGGUGCUUACGGCAGAAAGUCCCAGUGGCGCCCGGCCGGCGAGUCCUACAGUCAGGCGCAAGGUCAUCGACAAACAUGGUGGUCUGGCGGAGGCUGGCAGUACGAGAAGCCCUCGUACGCACCGAAAGGGAAAGGCAAGGGCAAGGCCGCCGGCAAGGGCGGUGGCAAGGCGAGCAGCAAGGGAGGAGGUGGUGGAGGAGGCGGCUCUAAGUGCCAGUGCCAGUACAUCAUUGGCAUUGAAGAGGAGGGCCGCUUCCGGGUAUGCCGACGACUGCUUGGUCAGAAGGGCCAGCACAUGAAGGACAUCGCCGAGAAGACAGGCGCCAAGCUCCGCCUCCGUGGCCGUGGUUCCAAAUUUCUCGAAGGUCCGGAGCAGAAGGAGUCUUCGGACCCUUUGAUGCUUUGUGUCAGCGUGCCCGACCCCGCCUCCUACGAGGAAGCUAAGCACUUGGUCUCCUCCUUGUUGGAGGACAUCUACGUUCAGUACCGCGAGUUUCAGCUUUCCGAAGGACUGAAGCCGAAGAACCUGCAGGUGAACUUGCAUGAAGGUACAGUACCUGUGAACUGCGCAUGUAUCACAGACUUGCCCGCCGAACACUUGCGCGGGGAAGGCCAUUCCACAAGUGCUGAGUAUGGUAACUCCCUCGCCGCCAUGUGCGCACCGGAGGGGUUCACCUUCCGCACUUUCAUUUUCAGCGAGAUGCCGGAGUUCGGGCAGGCGAACAAUGACGGCCCACGGAAGCGGAAAUGGGCGCCGCCUCCAGAGCCCGUGGAAGACACCGACCCCUGGAAGGACACAGACUGGCGCGAAGGUCGUGAUGAUUGGUUCGAUGGUUGCCCGGAGGCCUUCCGGAAGGUUCCAGAAUGGGAAGAGCCGGCCAAAAAGAAGUGGCGCACGGAGGAGGAGGAGGACUGGGAUGGGACCGGCGAGCCGCGUCCUUCGGGUGUUAAGAUGUCUGGUGGCAUCUUCAUGCGCGCGAUGGGUGCCAUCGUUGCGAAGAAGGACGACGACGACGGAGCCAGGCCAGAGAAUGAACCAUCCAAGCCGAGUCGACCGCCUCGAGUACCGAACAAUGUGGCAAGCCGCACGUUGAGCCAGCUGGGCGUGCUUGCAGGCGAGCGACGAAAAGCCAAGGUACUGUUGAAGGAAGCUCCGAGAGGGCCCGUCAAGAAGGAGGCAACCUGGUCGGUUUGUCGGAUGCGCUGUCAGAUGCCGACUUUCCACCAACACGCCGGUAACACUGCUCUUGACUCACGGGGACAUUUGUGCAAAGUGCUUAGAUGUCAAGGAUGA